AUGAAUAAUAAUAAUGAUGAUUCAUCUACAAAUUCAAAUUCACAGGAUGAUUUAAGAAAUGAAAGACAACUAAGAAGACAGCGGUUAAGAGAUCAUCAUCAGGAAUUAAUUGAAUUACAACAAAGACUGCAACAAGAGUUUAAUCAACAAUUAAAUGAAGAAUCAUCAUCUACCACCAACCAAUCAUCAAGUACACAUCAACCACCACAAAUUAAUCCCGAAACAAAUAAUACUUCAAGAAGAGUUCCCAGAAACUCAUUGUUUCCUCCAUUCCGUCGAUCUUCUCGUUUAAAUCGUUCAUCUAGUAAUCCAUCUGAUAAUAAUGAUAAUAAUACUAAUAGCAACAAUGAUUCAAAUAAUAAUGAUUCAACUGAUACUCAAGAACCUAGAAGAGGAUCAGAGUCACCAGAUAGAGCAAUAGUAAUAACUGUAAAUUAUCUAUUUUCUGAUGAAAAUAGACCAAAUAAUCCAAAUAGAUCAGGAUCAUUAGUUUUAUCAUUACCAAAUAAUUCAAAUAAUAGAGAUCCAAAUGCAAUUCAAGAAUUUAUUAGAAUAGCAACUCAAAUGGCUUAUCAAUUAGUUGUACAAGGUUUAAAUAAUAUUCAACAACAAAGAGGAAUAACGUUAUCAAAAUUUCAACUGUUUGAAAAAAUUUUAAAUUUAAGUCAAUUAAAGAUUAAUGAUAAUUUACAACAACCAGAACAACAAGAUGAGUCAUUGAUUUGUCCUAUAUGUUUUGAAGAUUUUUUAUUUGAAAAAAAUAUCAUUGACUCUAAAGAAGAUUUUGAUCUGAUUGAUGAUUUCACAAAAGAUGAGAAAGAUGAAGACGAAAAAAUUGAACUGAAGAAUGAAGAAGAAGAAAGUUAUAUCACAAGUAAAAGAAGAAAAUUAGUUGAUAAAACAUCAAGAUUAUUAAGGAGAUUUUCAAGAUCAAGAACUGAAACUAUAGAUAGAGAAGAAUUAACGAGAGAUAAUAAUAAUACUCAAACUAAUCAAACAAGUUCAAGUAUCAAUAAUAAUGAAACAAAUACAAAUAAUGAAUCUAAUAAUUCAACAUCUCAACAACAAGAACAACAACCAAUUUAUUUGAUUGAUUUUAAAGAACCUUUUCAACAUAUUCCAAUAAAAAUGCCAUGUAAUCAUAUUUUUGGACAAGAUUGUUUAUUUGAAUGGUUAAAAUCAAAUUCUACAUGUCCAUUAUGUAGGUUUUCAGUAGCUGAACCAGUGGAACAAAGUGCUAACGCAAAUCCAAAUAAUAAUAAUAAUAAUCAAAUCAAUGGAGUUACAACUACAAAUUUCCCACCACAACAUCAAACUAUUAAUGGUCAAAAUUUUACAUUUUAUACAAUUUCAAAUAAUAUGAUCAAUAAUAAUAACAUUAACGAUAACAUCAACACACCGCCAAAUUCACAUAAUAGUAACAAUGAUGUUACAAAUCAUCACAAUCAUUCUCAUUCUCAUACUCAUACUCAUACAACAACUCAUGCAACAACUCAUUCUCAUACUCAUUCAAAUAUAAAUCAAGUAAAUUUUACAAAUCAACUAGCAAAUAUGUUAAGACCUGCAUUAAUGGGAUUAACGAAUAAUUCAACAACUCAACAGCAACAACAACAACCUCAAGAUUCAUCAGCAGCCACUUCUAAUGAAUCUCCUCGAUCUCAAUCUUUACAUCAAUCACCUAUAAAUAGAUCAUAUACAUCAGGUUGGUUUUCAACAUCAUCCGAAGAAAACAAUGAUAAUAAUAGUAUACCAUCAAUAACAAAUCAACAACAAAAUCCAAAUUCAACCUCGAAUCAUGAAUCAUCAAAUUCUAAUGUAAAUAAUAAUAAUAAUAAUGAUCAAUCAAAUAUUUUACCAUAUAAUGAAAUUUUCAAUUAUAUAAGACAUGGAUUUUCAAGAGAUUAUAAUAAUAAUAAUAAUAAUAAUCAAAACCAAAAUCAAGGUUCAUCAAAUUCAAAUUCAAAUUCUUCUUCUAAUGGUCCUAAUCAAUAUAGAAGAAGAUCAAUGAUUAAUGCUAUAUUCCCAGUUGGUAUAAGUAGUAGACGUACUUCAAAUGGUGUUGAAACUACUUCGACUGAAGCAAGAUCAAUUAGAAGAUUAUUUAAUGAAAGAGGUGAAGAUCAACAACAAGAUCAACAACAAGAUCAACAACAACAACAACAAGAAGAUGAUCAUGAUAAUAUUGAUGAUCAAAUUGAUAGUUUAUUUGAUAGACUAAUCUAA